CCGCAGAACUGCGGGGUGGGGUGGAGGGCUGUUUCCAAACGAGCGGGAACAGAAAACCGAAACCAAAACCCGUCAGCCAGUCCCCGCCGCGCCGCCCGCGCUCCGCUAGCUGUGGGCCCCGCCGGCCGCUGAGGGCGCGUCUUUCCUCCGCCAUGGCAUCAGUUUUGAAGGUCAAGGAAUCCGAAGCGUCUGAAAGAACAAUUGUAGUUGCUGGUCUUCCAGUUGGUUCUGUUAAUGAUCAAUCGCUGACCGUAUUAGUGAAGAUUCACUUUCAAGAUAUUGAGAAUGAGGGUGGAGUUGUUGAAGAUGUGAUAUAUCCAACAAGAACCAAGGGAGUUGCAUAUGUAACAUUCAAAGAAAAAAAAGUUGCAGAGAAUGUCAUCAGAAAAAAGAAACACUAUCUAGCAGAGAUGGUCAGACCCGCUCAACUCACCGUCUCCCAUUUUAGUGAAAAGGUCUUCAGCUCUGUAAAUGCUGUCCUUGAUCUUUCUGUUUUUCGGAGUCAAAUUGGUCUGAGAAGUCUGGUAAUGGACCUGGAAAGGGAAAUCCCAGCUUUAUGCUUCAGUCCUUUGGAAGCCAAUGGAAGAAUCUCCGUUCAAGGAUCAUUUCUGGCUAUCAAGAAGCUCAAAGAAUCUUUGCUAUUAAAAGCAAGUUCUCUUUUAGAAAAAAACAGGAAUAGACAGAGCCCCAGAGAGAGUACAUGGAAAAGUAGUCACUCUUUAAAGCCACCCAGGUCCUCAACACCUGAGACUAUGAGAAGAGGAGAAAGGCUUGUUCUCGACACAGAUAUUUUCCUUUACCUGAAAAAGACGAGCGGAUUUUAUGAAAGCACACUGAAAAAAUUUCAUGCUCUAUGUCAAGAGACAGUGGAUGGUGAAAUUACCACACUUUGUAUAAGGAAUGCUGAAGGUGGUUCUCAGCCAAACAAUGAAAAACAGGUAAAAGAGCUCAUUGAGAAAUAUUCACAUGCUCUUCACUUUGAGCUUAGAAAGGAGACAUUUAUUUUGGAAGGAAAGGAAAAUAGAGAGAAAAGAAAUAUUAAGCUGGCAUGUGAGCAACUAAGUUCGAGGUACCUUCAGGUUCUGGUUAAUUUUUAUUAUACGCACAUUGACAUUAUAGGAUCUUCUUCUGACACGUACUUGUUUAAAAAAGAGGUCAUGAAAUUAAUAAGGCAGAAAGUUAGGUAAUAAAAUCCUCAGCAACAGUAACGAGAAUGGCUGCUGCCUUCCCUUACUGAGCAGUAGUGAUGUCAUGCGCGAUCCCAGCUUUACAGACAUUAUCUCAUUUAAUUCUUUUUUUUUUUUUUUUUUUUUUUGGCUGCACUGCACAGCUUGUGGGAUCUUAGUUUCCCAACCAGGGAUCAAACCUGGGCCCCCUGCCGUGGAAGCGUGGAGUCCUAACCACUGGAUGCCAUGGAAUUCCCUAUCUCAUUUAAUUCUUGUGACCAUCUUUCAUCACAGGCAUUUCCAUCCUCAUGUUAUAGGGGAAGAAACUAGGAUUUGAAGAGGUGAAAACACUUGUCUGAAGUUAUCUAGCUGCCCAUCAGCAGGAGUUAAACCCAAAGAUAAUAUCUAAGGUAUAAAACUUCGAAAAUUAUAAAACUAAAUUUAAAGAAACUUCACUUUCUCUGCAACCCCAAAUUCUUAGAAAAAAGAGGUAGCCUUCAUUCUAACAUAUAAGAAGUUUGGAUGAUUAUUAUGCCAUUGGCAAUUUCUUAACAUUUACAAAAUUUGCGUUUACUCCAAAUAGAAUUAGAAUCCUAGCAAAACUCACUUGAGAAGCUACUUAGAUGGUAUUUCUGAUGCAGGUAGUCAUUACUUGACCAAAUCCCAUAUUAGUAUAAGGCUAUUGGACAUACAGAACAUUUUUACUGCUGCUUACUUAGCCUAAGUGCUUACAUAAAAUGUUGAUUCUCCUGUUGGAAUUAUGAAGGGAGUAUAGUGUCUAUUUUAUAAUUGUAAAAUUAAUAGCAUUUCAGGAAUAAGAUCAUGGAUGAUAAGAAUAAUAGCAAACACUUACUUGCUAGGCAUAAUUUUAAGUGCAUUAUAUAUCUUUACUCAUUCAGUCCUGACAGCAGCCCUGUGAGUUAGGUGCUAUCUUUAUCGCCCUUUCACACAUGAGGAAACUGGUGCCUAGUGAUAUAAUGUAACUUGCCCAUGGCUCUGAUUACCGAACGGUGCUUCUCCCUUUUGUAGUCUCUCACAAUUCUACUUAAACAAUUGAGAAAUGUUUCCUUAAAGAUGACAGAAGGAUUUGAAAAUUCUUUACUGAAGGGAAGCCAGAGCUUGUAAGUCAUUUGGUUGUCUGUGACUGACCUGCAUUUAACUUAGCAUUAAGCCAAUUUUAAGUAUCGGGGGCACUGCAGAGACCCUCCCAGGAUAAUAAAAUGAUACAUCUUGCUCAUCUCAAAGUAAACAAACAUGGUUAUGAUGAUUUGAACUGUUUAUAUCAGUAGAAAAGCGUAAGAAAAAUCUAUAUGCUUUCAUUUUUCUUAGCUACCUAAAUCCCAAAUAUGUAAAUGAUUUCUAUUUCUUUAAAUAUGUUAUUUCAUUUCUGUAUGACUAAACUUUUUGCCAUGGGAAAAUUCUCUUUAUAUGAAGUGUCCAAUAAGGUAUCUUUAAAGAGGUGUUUGACUUUCAUUUUGCUUCUAGGGGUUUGUUUCAGUCUGGGUCCAGUCGGGAGAGAGAAGGCACACAGUAAUUUGAACAGGGAAAGUUUAAUAUAAAGAAUUGUUAACUAUGACGGGAUUGGAAUAAUGAGGGAUUGGCUCGUAAGAAACAGAGAAAACUCUACCAAAUACAGGAGUAACAGAUAUAAGGAGUAGUUUAGACAGAGCGCCCAGGGAAAACCUCCCCCUCCCACCCUACAGCCCCCAACUUAAAUCCAGACUUUGCUGUAGGGUUUGUGCCAGGGAAUCUUGCUGGAAAUCCAUCCUCUAGGGUACUGGAGGAAUCUGGUUAGAAGGUGUCUCUCCAGUGACCCUCCAUUACAACAUGCCUGAGGGGAUUACUGGGGGGAGCUGCUGGUGGCCGCGUGCUGCUGGCCAUUUGGUACUAUGGGCGCUCAGUGCUGGGGAGGCCUUGUGUGUGGGCGUUGGACACUGGAGCACCUGCCCAUGCUGCGCGAGCCUAAUGCUGGAGAAGCUGCGUGCGCUGAAGAAGCUGCGUAUGGGGGAACCUUCCUCUGCCGGGGACCUGGAUUCUGAGGAGCCUGCCAAUUGAACACACUGAAGGAGGAACAAGGUUCUUUCCUCCUGCAGUGCCUAUCCAGCGCCCUCUACUGAGAAAGCUUAAUAUCUUGCCAGCUACAAAGGAAGGAUAAAAGGCCCAAAUUUGUUUUUACUGAGUAGGCAUAUAGGAUGAAUUUAAAGCUGAGUCAAUAAAUUGAUAACUGGCAGUUAUAUGAUACCUACCAAGGCUUUCAUUAUUACCACAAAUUUAAUACCGAUAGAAUAGUCUUUCAGGGACUUCCUUGGUGGCGCAGUGGUUAAGAAUCCACCUGCCAAUGCCGGGGACAUGGGUUCGACCCCUGGUCGGGGAAGACCCCACAUGCUGCGGAGCAACUAAGCCCGUGUGCCACAACUACUGAGCCUGCGCUCUAGAGCCUGCGAGCCACAACUACUGAGCCCGUGUGCCACUGCUAUUGAAACCCGCGUGCCUAGAGCCCGUGCUCCGCAACAAGAGAAGCCACCGCAAUGAGAAGCCCUCACACUGCAACAAAGAGUAGCCCCUGCUCACUGCAACUAGAGAAAGCCCGCGCGAAGCAACGAAGACCCAACGCAGCCAAAAAUAAAUAAAUAAAUGGAAAAAAAUCCUAUUAAAAAAAAUAGUCUUUCAACAAAGAGCUGGAUCAGAAUAGUGAGGCUCAUUCCUUGACUUGAUAGACACUGAAUGCUAAUUGGUUUAUGGGUAUGAAUAUAGCAUCUUCUGCUUGAGAAGAUUAUGUAUUUCAGGUGUUUUACAUAUUGCUGUCCAUUUUAGAGUUCAUUUAACAGCACUGUCCUUAUAGUAUGCUAGUCGUGUAACCAAUUUCUGUCCUUAAUAAAA